AGCCAAAUGUCUGAAGCGAAGACGUCCACAAUUUGAAACAAAUCUGUUAUGCUUACAUUUCCAUUUGAAAUAUGACGCACGACGGAGGAGGAGAAGACUACCUUUUCAAGAUUGUAAUAAUCGGAGACUCAGCCGUUGGCAAAUCCAAUUUACUCUCCAGAUACGCGCGCAAUGAAUUCAAUCCUAAUUCAAAAGCCACCAUUGGCGUCGAGUUUCAGACGCAGUGCCUGCAAAUUGACGGCAAAGAAGUGAAGGCUCAGCUCUGGGAUACAGCUGGACAAGAACGGUUUCGUGCUGUUACUUCUGCGUAUUAUAGAGGAGCUUUUGGCGCUCUUCUUGUUUACGAUAUUAGUCGCCGCUCUACUUUUCAGAGUGUGUCCAGGUGGCUCGAUGAACUCAACACUCAUUCGGAUACAACCGUGGCAAGGAUGUUGGUUGGAAACAAAUGUGAUCUGGAGAGCAUCAGGGAAGUGAGUGUGGAAGAAGGCAAGAGUCUUGCAGAAGCAGAGGGAUUGUUCUUUAUCGAGACAUCUGCUCUCGAUUCUACUAACGUUGAAACAGCUUUCGAGAUUGUGAUUCGAGAGAUCUAUAACAAUGUAAGCAGGAAAGUGCUGGAUUCAGAUUCCUACAAAGCUGAUUUGAGCAUCAACAGGGUAAGCCUUGUGAAUAAUAAUGGUUUAAAGCAAACUCAGAGCAAAUACUCAUGUUGUGUUUAGAUAUUAAUUCUCCAUAUUGGGAUAAGUCAAGAAAGGGCUCCCUCAAAAUGCUAUCCCAUCUGGCCCCUCACUUUAGCAACCAUCAAAAGAGAUAUGUAUACUAGUCUUUUCUCUCUUUUAAUAGAAAUCAAGAAGGAAAUCACUGUGCUCCAAAAGCCAUGGCAGAAUUUUCAUUUCAUGUAAUAUAUUUAGCGUCAUUUUCAUGCAUUUCUGAAAAUAAAGAAAAUAAAAAAUAUGGAAUUUCCUUGUAAUACGAGUUGUAAAGUCAGAUCACAUUAAUAAUACUAUGGCGUCCUCCAUGCCACUGAUUAGCAUAUUAACGUCA